GUAGUGUUGAUGGUGUAGGUUGUGGCAAGUCUAGAGUUUUACUAGUGAGAUCGUCCCUGGAGAGCAGCAGCCAUGGGCAAGUCAUUUGCCAAUUUCAUGUGUAAAAAGGAUUUCCAUCCUGCCUCCAAAUCCAACAUCAAGAAGGUAUGGAUGGCAGAACAGAAAAUAUCCUAUGAUAGGAAAAAGCAAGACGAUCUGAUGCAGCAGUACUUAAAAGAACAAGACUCUUAUAACAAUCGGGUACUUUUAGGUGAUGAAAAGGUAAAAAGUGGGUUGAAUUUCAUGUAUGAAGCACCACCAGGAGCUGAAAAAGAAAUAAAAGAGCAAGAAGGAGAGACAACUGAAUACAAAUUUGAAUGGCAGAAGAUGGCCCCUCGUGAAAAGUAUGCUAAAGAUGACAUGAAUAUCAGAGAUCAGCCCUUUGGUAUACAGGUUCGCAACGUCAGGUGUAUCAAAUGCCACAAGUGGGGUCAUGUGAACACAGACCGAGAAUGUCCACUUUUCGGUCUCUCUGGGAUCAAUGCAAGCUCAGUCACUGCAGAUGGGUCAGGACCAUCAAUGCACCCCUCGGAGUUAAUGGCGGAGAUGAGAAACAGUGGGUUUGCUCUGAAACAAAAUGUACUGGGAAGAAACCUGACCGUAAAUGAUCCAUCGCAGGUUUAUGUUGUCAGUGAUGCAGAGGAGGAGGAAGAUGACCCGGAAGUGGAGUUUUUAAAAUCUCUAACAACAAAGCAAAAGCAGAAACUUCUGAGAAAACUAGAUCGUCUUGAAAAGAAGAAGAAGAAAGACAAGAAAAAGAAGCUAAAAAAGAAGAAAGGAAAGAGUAAGCAGAAGAAGCAUAAGAGCAGCAGCCGCAGUAGUAGCUCCUCCAGUGGGUCAUCUAGCAGUAGUGACAGCUCCUCUGAGAGUGAGGAUGAGAAAAGACAUCGGAAAGAUUCCAAAAAAACAAAGCGUGCCAAGGAAUCUGAUGAUAGCCGUAAUGACUGUGAGGAUAAAGCAGUGUCACAGAAGAGCAGAAGAGAAGAUGAACCUUCAUCUAGCCAGAGGAAAGGUCAUGGUGGUUGGGAGGAGAACCGCAGCUCCAGAUCUGAGAUCCAAAUGUCUCAAAAAGAAAAGAGGGAACAUCACAGGACAGAGGAAUACAGCCGAUCACAUCAAAGAGAGGAGAAAUCAGAGAAAAGCCAUAGGCCUGAGAAAUCUCGAUCUAAACGGAGCCCAAGUAAUGAACGAUCAAGAAGCAACAAGUAUAAAAGCAGGAGUCCAACCAGAAAUGAUCAUCGGGACAGGAAGCAGUAUGACUCUGAGAAGAGGCGCAGAGGGUCGAGGAGCAGAAGCCGAGACUGAGGGAGACGUAGGAGCAGUGAAAGAGAUCAGUCUUUUACCUACUGCAACCAAUCUAGUUCUAAUAUGUUUUUUAAUAGACAAUGUAUGAGGGAAAG